CCUGUAACUUUCUGUUCUCUUUGAAAGAAGAGUAACAAUAACAAUGGCGAACGGUGGUGGGGAUCCUGUGAUUUUGGCAACCGCUGGAUAUGAUCAUCGAAUACGAUUUUGGCAAGCUCACAGUGGCAUUUGUCACAGAACGGUGCAACACCCCGACUCCCAAGUCAAUGCAUUGGACAUAACUCCAGAUAAACAGCUGGUCGCAGCUGCAGGAUAUCAACAUAUACGCAUGUACGACAUCAACUCAUCAAGCCCAAAUGCCAUCAUCAACUACGAAGGUGUUCAGAAAAACAUCACGGCCGUUGGCUUCCACGAAGAUGGGAAAUGGAUGUUCACGGGAGGGGAAGACCACACUGCCAAAAUUUGGGAUCUCAGAUCGAGAAGUUUGCAAUGUCAGCGAAUAUUCCAAGUGAAAGCUCCAGUGAACUGUGUUACUCUACACCCAAAUCAGGGUGAGUUGUAUGUUGGAGAUCAGAGUGGUUCCAUUCACUGCUGGGAUCUCAAAACAGAUGUUAAUGAGCACCUGAUCCCAGAGCCCGAUGCUGCCAUCACCUCAGUGAGUAUAGAUCCCAUGGGUACUCUGAUGGCUGCUGUCAAUAACAAGGGUAACUGCUACCUCUGGACCAUGAAUGCCAAUCGAGCGCACGGUCCUUCGAAUCUGCACCCCAAGAAGAAGUUUCAAGCUCACAACAAAUACAUCCUGAAAUGUCUCUUCAGUCCGGACUCUACGCUGCUAGCGACGACAUCAGCUGACGGCACAUGUCGUAUCUGGAGGACGGCCGACCAGUCUCUCUGCACGGUUCUCAAGGACAAGUCGCAGCGCUGGGUCUGGGACUGUGCCUUUAGCGGGGACUCUCAGUACAUCAUCACAGCUUCCUCAGACAACAACGCCCGUCUGUGGAGCGUCAACACGGGGGAGGUAAAGCGAGAGUACAGCGGCCAUGAGAAGGCCGUCGUCUGUCUGGCAUUCAGAGACGAGGUCGUCGCCUAGGCAACUGUCAACAAAUGUAUUUCUUCCUAUGAGAGCCAGAUCCGCGUAUUAUGAUUUUGGUGCGAAAUUUUUUUUUUCACCAAUCGAAAGCGCGUAUUAUGGGCUUCAUUUAUGCAUAAGUUUCAUUGAGUCCCCCGCCUUAAAAUCGCUAUAAAAAGCAAAUAACUGUUUGACUUAUCAUAGCUGUUUGCUUCCAAAUUAGCUCACCUUGAGAUGUGCGGAAAGGAUUUAAAUAUUGUUACAACUUGGAUGACGCAACAAGAAUUACUACGGAACGGACAGUAAAGCCAAGAAUUCCUAAAUCACUUAUCGUAUGAUACGCUUUUAAGGCUUGAUCGUUUCCGAUGUGUUGAUCAUUCAUACAUACCUACAUAAAUCAGUUUUUUCUUCCUCCUGAAAAAUUGGCUAAAACCUUGAUACAUGGAACUAGCUCUUAUAGGACAAUUUCUCUCCUUAAAAUAAGCGAUUCUCUCUUGUAAAUAAGUCUGUCACUGCCGCGAGAAAAAUGAGCUGUUCCAACUUUUUUUUUUACUCACCCUAGAGAUCUCUGUCAGAGUUACUGGUGGCUUUGGUGAUCUUGUGGUUAGGCUGUUGAGCUCUCAACCGGAAAGUUGUGGGUUUGAAUCUCGACAGGGGCCCCGAUGUUCUUUCCCUGGGAAAGGCACUUUACACAAAUUUUCGCCACUUCACACAGGUAGGAACGGGUACUCUGCGAUAGAUGGCGAAAGAUCUUGUCAGUUCGUUAGUCUUUGAGGGCUUAAUCAGCUGCUUGCACUGUAAUUGUAUGCUUCUUGGGAGGCAAAGUAUGUUUCUGAGUCGUGAUCUAGGGUUUGCAGGGAUAAUAAUAUUAAUAUAGAUUGUUGAGUGCACAGAGCUUGCUGUUGAGCAAGGAUAUGCACUAUACAAAUACUAGAACCUAUUUAUUAUUGGGAUCAUUUUUCUGGCGACAGUGACUAAGCGUUUCUCAGUAAAAGGUUAACUGUGAAUAACUGUAUUUUUGUUGAAGGAAAUGGUGUUUUUUUGCUGACCCGGUUAGUGUAUUUCUGUGAGCUUUGCUGUAAAAAUGUGUGCUUUUCUGUGAAAAAAAA